UAGCGCGGAACCGGGAGGGCCGUCUGGCCUGUUUGUGCUGCAGAAAGCGUGCUGCAUCUGCGCUGUGAGAAAAUUUCGUCUGCAGUGCGUGUGCCGUAGGUGCGUGAGAAAGACACAGGUCGUCGACAAGCACCGGCUUCUAACAUGACCGCGGACGGUUAGCGUGGCUUCCUCUCUGAAACACCAGGAGUUUCUUACCCAAGACCAUGGCUUUAAAGUUGCAUCUCCACUCCGUGAGCGGCUUCAAAGGCCGCGGUGACCGUCUGGCCAAGGCAACAUUCCGAGGUGUCUCUCACCAUACAAAAGUCUGUGACCAUCUGGAAGAUGAUGCUGUCUUCAAUGACGAGUUCGAGUGGCCGGUGGGCAGGCCUGUGGAGAAGUACGAGGUCCUGGAAGUUCAGGUGCUCCAACACAGCCGGUACUUCACGAACAAGGUUUUGGGACGCUACGGCAUGGUGCUGCAACGAGUGGCCGAGGAAGGAUACGCAUCCGUCGAGGACGAUGUCGUCGACGACAACAACAAGCCGGUGGCCAACGCAAAGAUUAUAAUGGAGGUCAGCUACACGGCACCAGAUGGCUCGGUGGGCGCCUGGCACGCCCCUGGCCUGCCCACUAACCUGGGAAGUUUCGACGACGACCGGCAGGCGCUGCUCGACAUCGAGCAGAACAUCGCCAACCUGCAGCGCACGUACGCCGCAGCGGCCGCGGCUCAAACUACGCCGGGAGGCGGCGGACCGGCGGGGGCGGACGGUGGUGCCUCGAUGGCGCUGUUGCAGUCUUCGUCGCAGCAGCACCAGCAGCAGCCAAGCUACGGAACCAGCGAUGGAGGAGGCGGCGGCUUCUCUGAUGACGAGACACGCAGCAAGCAGGGUUCCGUCAUCAGUUUGUUCGCGCCGACGCCCAACAAGUCGCCCGACCGAAAGCGAUCCCUGCCCGCGGCCAUGAAGACCUUGGCCGUGGCACUCAAGAUUUCCAAGCAACGUCCCGCGGGCGACGCCGAGGAGAGGGUCAAGCUGAAGGACGCGGAAGACGUUGCGCAAUACGGAUCGACGCAGUCCUUGCAGCGGCGGCUGAGCGACCAGACGCUGUACCUGCUCUCAGGAGGUGAUGCUGCCGAAAGCACCAUGUUUUCCGACGAGCCGUUCGCCAUGGACACGGCGCCGUACUCCAUCACGACUCCCGUGGUCAUCACGAGGCCCAAGUUAAGGCAAGACAUCACAGCUACGUCGGCACUGAAAGCACAGGAUUUCCAGGUCUGCGUGACGAUAAUUGAAGGUCGACAUCUUGCCGGUCUCAACAUGGAUCCAGUUAUAUGCGUGCAAGUUGGGGACCAGAAGAAGUAUACUUCAGUUAAGGAAUCAACAAAUUGUCCAUACUACAACGAGUACUUUGUCUUCGAUUUUCACAUGGCGCCGUCAAUGUUGUUCGACAAAAUCGUCACGCUAACGGCGUUACACAACCGCAACAUAAUUCGCUCGGGAAAAGUAAUCGGCAGCUUCAAGCUUGACGUUGGGACAGUCUUCAACCAGCCGGAGCACCAGUUCUAUCACAAGUGGGCCGUCCUUACGGACCCGGAUGACAUGACGGCUGGUCCCAAGGGCUACAUCAAGUGUGACAUAUCGGUCGUCGGCAAAGGGGACACGAUAAAGCCAGCGCCGAAGAAGGAAACGGAUGACGACGACAUAGAAGGGAACCUACUCCUGCCGGACGGCGUCCCCGCCGAACGCCAGCACGCCCGCUUCAUCGUCCGCGUGUACCGGGCCGACGGCCUGCCCAGGGUCAACUCGGGCCUCGUCGCCAACGUCAAGAGGGCCUUCUCGGGCGAGACCCGGGAGCUCAUCGACCCCUACGUGCAGGUGUCCUUCGCCGGACUCACCGGGCGAACAACAGUGAAGAAAUCCUGCUGCUCUCCCGUGUGGAAUGAGCAGCUCGCGUUUACGGAGAUGUUCCCGCCGCUGUGCCAACGAAUCAAGAUUCAGCUGAGAGACAACGAUGCCGUGAACGACACGGUGGUCGCCACGCACUUCCUCGAGAUGUCCAAAAUCGCCAACGAAGGCGAUAAAGGCUUCCUUCCGACCUUCGGCCCAUCCUUCAUCUACCUGUACGGCUCCACGCGCGAGAAGUCUCUCUUCGAAGAGCACGCGCCGCUGAACGACGGCCUCGGCGAAGGGGUCAUGUACCGGGGGCGACUCCUGAUCGCCGUGCGCACAGAAAUCUUCGACGCGCUCGACAUGACGCAGUCCAGCGUCGAACUCGAACCCACACCGACCGUGAACGAGGCCUCCUACGCAAAGACCGAGAAUUUUCUCCUUUUCGGGGCUAUUCUAGAAGCCUCCAUGAUCGACAGAAAAGUUGGCGAGAAGCCAAUAUACUUUGAGCUGAGCAUAGGCAAUUCGGGCAACACCCUGGAUGGGGCGAGCAAGUGGAAAGACGACUCGCUUGACUCUUCCAGCGUCGGCGGUGGCGGCGGGGACGACGAGAGGGCAGCACUGCUCGAGUCCGUGGUCGUCGACCCGGUCAUCUCGCACUCCACCAGCCACCCGGUCAAGCCCGUCACCUCGGACAGGUGUUACUACCACCUACCAUACGGGGACAACAAGCCCUGUCUGUGGGUUAAGAGCACGUGGCAAGACUAUCGAAGACGGCUAUACAACUCCAACAUGAUCCUCAGGGUGAAAGAGAAGCUGGAAGCGGGCCUCGCGGACAUUCAAGAAAUGAUACGUCUCGAAAAAUCUCACACCGACCGUCGAUUGAGAGGUGUCCUUGAAGAACUGUAUACUGGAGCAGAGCGCUAUCUUAACCAAGCAAAGAGUCAAGGGCCCACAGGCAAGACCAGACUGGACAAGGAGCGCCUCAAGCACUGCCAACGCGAAAUGGAUCACGUACGAAGUAUGGCAAGGACUAUGAAAGCACUCGUCACGAAGAACUCGUUUAAAGAAAAACUCAGGAGCACCUACAGUCUCUUGCAGAAGAUGGCCGAACUCGUCGACGACCCUCAACAUUCCCUGCCAGAUGUUUUCGUGUGGAUGAUAAGCGGCGGCAAACGGGUCGCGUACCACCGCAUACCUGCGAGAGAUCUUAUCUACUCAAUCAUAGAGGAAGAGACCGGAAAGUUCUGUGGCAGGGUGCAGACGCUUUUCCUCAAGCCUGGCAAGAAAGUCAGCCAAAGUGCUCGCUGGAUGGUGCAAGCGAAGCUUCGCAUGUACCUCUGGCUGGGCACCACCAAGAACAAGCACUGUGUGCUCAAGGGCUUGCCCGAGGGCUACGUCAAGGACGUCGAGGACAUUGACAAGGGACCGCCAUCGCAGCUUCAUUACACGGAAAAGUCCACCUUCGAACUUCGGGCACACAUGUACCAGGCACGGUCCCUCAUCGGAUCAGACUCCUCCGGACUCUCCGAUCCUUUCGCGAGAGUCGUAUUUGGGGACCAGAGCCAGACGACCAUGGUGAUCGACGAGACACUCAGCCCCACCUGGGACGAGAUGUUGCUGUUCCCCAGUGUGACAGUGUACGGCAGGAAAGAAGACAUCAAGGAGGACCCUCCCGUCGUUGUCAUCGAGAUCUUCGAUCAGGACAAAGUGGGAAAGUCUGAAUUCAUCGGUAGGACGAUAGCCAGACCUCACGUGAAGUUCGAAGACGACACCAGCUGCCAGCCGCCAUCGCUGGAGUGGCACGACCUGUACCGGGGAACCGAGCCGGCGGGAGAGCUGCUCGCCACUUUCGAGUUGCUGCGGUUCUCACCUCAAGAAGAAAAGUACGACAUGCCGGAACUUCCGAUGCCGAAAGAGAACGUGUUCCGUUCCAGCGAAAGGGGCCCUGUCUACCCUGUACCGAAAGGGAUACGGCCGACUUUGUCCACAUAUAGGAUAGAGGUGCUGUUCUGGGGCUUGCGCGAGUUGAAACGCGUGCACCUGAUGAGCGUGGACCACCCCCGAGUGGACGUCGAGUGCGGUGGUCACGUGCUCCAGUCGUCCGUCAUCCUCAACUGCAAGAAGAACCCGAACUUCUCCACGCCCGUCAAGUUCCUGGACGUGGCGCUGCCGGACCAAGAGACGUACUGCCCGCCGCUGACGAUCCGAGUCAUCGACUGUCGCAGCUUCGGGCGCUUCACCCUGGUGGGCACGCACGUGGUCAACUCCCUGCACAAGUUCCUCUUCCGGCCCCAGUCGCGGUCCUCCUCCAGGGACCACCGCAACCGAAGCUCCUCGCAGACCUCGUCUUCGCUGCACAUCGAUGAAGGUGUCUUGGUAGACGUCGAGGCUGACUCCAACAUAUUGUCGACAAAAGAAACGCUCAUAACGCUGGACUACGGCUUCAGGAGCAAGAAGGAGAUCAAGAGCGAAGCCAACAAGCGGAAGAAGAAGAUGGCGACCGAGGACCCCGGACACGACGAAGAGAACCGGGACUGGUGGAGCCGGUACUUCGCCUCGGUAGAGCAGGCCGCCAAGGACUCGAGCGAUAAUAACGGACAACCGGGUAACAACUUGAGGGCUGGCGACGACAACUACGACAUGUCCAGCGACGGAGAGAGCCAGCUCAGUGCCAAAGACAUGCGCAAGAUGGAGAAGGAGCUGGAACGGCUCGAGUGCAGCCACCAGAAGGACGGGCUGGACAAGAAGAAGAGGACGUUCAAGGGGGCAUCGAGCGCCGUCCGCUUUGCGCAGCGGCUGUCGCCCAAGACGCAGAGGGGCCGGAUACCCCAGGACGGGCUGAUCAAGAUCUACCCAACAGAACUCGAGAACGUUCCCGAAUUCAAUGGCUUCCGUGAGUGGCUGCACACAUUCGAACUGUACCGUGGCAAACGAAGUGGAGAUGACCUGGAUGACCAGAACAGAGUCGUCGGUCUCUUCAAGGGCUCCCUACAAGUCUACAGGUUCCCGCUGCCCAAGGACAUCCAGGACUACACGAUAACUGGCGCCGAUCCGACGUACGGGCUUUUUCAGGGACUGCCAAGUAACGACCCCAUACACGUGCUUAUCAGGGUAUACGUCGUCAAGGCGACAGAUCUUCAUCCGGCGGACAUGAAUGGUAAAGCGGAUCCCUACAUCGUCAUAAACCUAGGAAGCAAGAGGAACAGCGACAAGGAAAACUACGUAUCAAAGCAACUCAAUCCAGUGUUCGGAAAGUGCUUCGAGAUGGAGGCCACCUUCCCGCAGGACUCGCUACUGAACGUGCAGAUCUACGACUGGGACUUGCUGGGCAGCGACGACCUCAUCGGUGAGACGAAGAUCGACCUCGAGAACCGUUUCUACAGCCGCCACCGGGCCACCUGCGGGAUACCGCGGAAAUACGAGACGUACGGCCCGAACCAGUGGCGGGACCCCCUGAGGCCAAGUCAGGUGCUGGCCAAACUGUGCCGAGACACCAAGUUGGACGGUCCGCACUUCACCCCGAACCGCGUUAAAGUGGGCACCAAGACGUUCGUCUUUCGCUCGGACUUCGAGGACGAAGGCGGCAAGCUGACGGACGAACACCAAAGCCUGGCGGUUCUCAACCGCUGGGAAGACGUGCCCAAAGUGGGCUGCCCCCUAGUGCCGGAACACGUGGAGACCAGGGCACUCUACCAUCCGGACAAGCCGGGCAUCGAGCAGGGAAAGCUGGAAAUGUGGGUGGACAUGUUCCCCAUGGACAUGCCGCUUCCGGGACCGCACGUGGACAUUUCGCCGAGGAAGCCCAAGAGCUACGAAUUACGCAUCAUCAUCUGGAACACAGACGACGUGGUACUCGAAGAUGACGCGUUCUUCACCGGCGAGAAAAUGAGCGACAUUUACGUGAAAGGGUGGCUGAAGGGCCAGGAGGACACUCAGUGCACCGACAUCCACUACCGGUCGCUGACGGGCGAAGGCAACUUCAACUGGCGCUUCGUCUUUCCCUUCGACUACCUGCCAGCCGAGGAGAAGAUCGUCAUCUCGCGGAAGGAGUCGCUGUUCUCGUGGGACGAGACCGAGUGCAAGAUCCCGGCGCGACUCGAGCUCCAGGUCUGGGACGCCGACCACUUCUCAGCCGACGACUUCCUCGGCGCCAUCACGCUGGACCUGAACCGGUUCCCGCGCGGCGCCAAGUCCUCCAAGCUCUGCAGCCUCAACAUGCUCAAGGCCGAGGCCAACGUUCCGAUAAUCUCGCUCUUCAAGCAGCGGCGAGUCAAGGGGUGGUGGCCUUUCUUCGUUAAGAAGGAGAAUGACGAGAUGGUGCUCACGGGAAAAGUGGAAGCUGAGCUACACCUGCUAACGAGAGAGGAGGCCGAGAGAAACCCGGCGGGCCUCGGAAGAAACGAACCGGACCCGCUGGACAAGCCGAACCGGCCCGACUCGUCGUUCAUAUGGUUCCUGAACCCGCUGAAGUCUAUCCGCUACAUUGUGUGGCACCAGUACAAGUGGGUCAUCAUCAAAGCCCUCAUCGCCAUCCUGCUCAUCCUCCUGCUGGCCCUGUUCUUCUACUCCGUGCCCGGGUACACCGUCAAGCGCAUGCUCGGGGCCUGAAGACGGGACACGCCUCCACACACGCUCGUCCCAGCCUGUUUCCAGUUCAAUCGACCCUCGAAGUUUACUGUAGACUUGUCCCUCGCAUUCUCAGACGAUCCUCCACAAGAACUCUUUACCUCGACUCCGUGAUGAUCGUGAAUUGUAUCUAAUGCUCUGUGCGCCGGGCAGGUAUUUGGAAUUGCACUAACCAUUGAAACUUAAAGAAAGAAACGAGGGAACGUAAUCUAUCCACCGUGUCCACGGCUGACUGGAGAAACACUGCUCACUAAGGACACCGCGUGCCGGGUUUGUAAAUGAACAAAACCGCCCGCUUUUGCAGACAGUCAAUCUUGUACACAAGUACCUACCACCACGUGGCCGCCUUGGCAGCCCCCACCCAGGGACCGCCUUGGGCUAGCUUUGAUCGCCCCGCUACCCCUUGCGCGCCCCCGAAAUCCUGCGCCGCCCCUUCUAGUAGAAUUAUCAGGUGCUCUCUUGAGGCCUCCGUUCGCCGCUACUGCUUUUUUUAUUUUCGCAUGCUACAUGAACUCAAAGCACUUCGCAGCAUAGUAAAUGCAACUCUUCUUUUUUUUUUACCACAGAAAGAAUCGCGAGAGAAAGAAGAAGUGUGCGCAAUAGGAAGCGAGAGAGAGUCAUGCGCUGGAGACCACACGCACGCACACACACACACAAACACACUGUGAAGAGCCGCCCCUGUAUCACGUCGCUGCUGAAAAUUAAAGUGCUUGCUCACGCUAGCAGAAAUAUGGCGCUAUUUUUCGGGCGCGGGCGCAAGCUGUCAAAGCGACGUGCAAGGUGGUCAAGAAAGUUGAUGUCAGCACCGCCUCUGGAAAGAAGUGGUCACUGCGCUUCGUUGACACUCCACGACAAUUCAUGCUUAAACAUAGCGUCUUAUUCAAUUGAGGGGGUGGGCACGGGGAUGCUGUGCUGAAUUCGGUGGACUGGACGAAGAGCUCCGAAUCGAGGAGGAUCGUUUGAGAAUGAGGGCGCUAACCACUUUAGUUUUCUUUUGCCCCGUUGACUACCUUAGUUUUAAGGUGUACAAGGUUACGUAGGUGCGCUUCACGAGCGCGGAGUUGUCGCGCAAGUGGUGGUGUCACGUGACUACUUCGUUCUUUUGUGGUGCCACAAUUCCUUGCUUAGGUUCCACGCGCGGAUUGUUCUAGCCGGCUGCAGUACAAUGGAUGGAAUUAAAAUGUUCAUCAUGAAUAGCGGAGCGCGGACGAAAAGAUGGGGAUAGACGAGGCAAGGCGAAGUGCCGACUCCGAACAAGAUUUUAUUGCAGUGCUGUGUGAAUCUACAGACUACCGCAGGUUGCGCACGCGCAUUGGACGAGCUGCCUAAAGACAUGCAGAAAAUGAAAACAAGAACGAAGGAAAACGUGUGGCGAAAUGAAGGCGCGAAAGAGCCAACGCGCUCCAUUGCUUAUUUUUGUCAUGUGUCAUGAGAUAGCUGGGCCCUCUCUUCAUGUAUAUUUCUACCACACUGCAGCAAAAUAGUAUUUGAAUUCAUCGCUUUGUUUUGUCAGGCCUAUACGUGUCUUUCUGUUUGCGCUAUUCUGGAUUUUCAACACGGCCAUUUGUAUGUUCUUAAACCUUCAGUACGCCUUUUACCCGGUGGCUUUAACAACAUAACCUGCAGAGCUACAUUUGCAGAUGGUUUCGGAAUAAUGCAUACACUUGCGUCGCAGUCAGUAGUGCAUAAGCGAGUUAAAAGAUCGUGAGAUAUUAAGCGAAACUGGUUAGACUUAGCAUGCUAACGACAGAUUCACACUCAGAUACGAUACCUGAAUAAUAAUAAAUAAUAAUAAUAAUAAACUUGAAGACAGAAAACGAUGCGUGACCGGUUUGCCGAUUCUUAAUGUAGUAGAUUGCCCUCUUGCUUCCGCUAUCAAUAGUGCCCCCAAGUGAUCAAGUUGCUCACUUGAUCGAAAGAAUACAUUGAAUUGAACGGCUUCAAUGACUUUUUUGUGUGUGUGAUAGCUCAUUUACCAAUGCAACUGCAGAGUGAAAAAAAGGAAAACAAAGAAAGAAGAACAGGUCAAAUUUUUUUAUGCGCCUCGUACCUAAUUUAUUUGCUAACCGCUACUAGACUACCUACUCAUGUUUCCGGAUGCAAUAAAAUAAUUUGAUCGAAUUUCGACUGCAAAGGUGAAAACGGGAAACAAUUUAAUUAACAUCGGUAAUUUUGUAUAUUGCCCUUUUAAUCGUAACCUAUCGCUACGUUCAUGCCCAUAGACACCACAAUUUGACCUUUAGGUUGUGUCGAGUAGUAGUCAGAAUUCUAAUGAAUUUUCCAGGCUUGAGCAAGAAGUGCGUGAAAUAUGAUCCAGUUUUUCCGGCAAAUAUUUAUCCAUGUGUUGCCAACCGGCGCGAUGAAAUUCUUGUCAGUCAACUCCCAUUUUCCGAUUGUCCAUUGUUUUGCAAAGCGCAAGAUUGUUCACUUAUCUGAAUACCAAAUGAACGUUUUCUUGGUACAAAAGUUAAUUAAAUGUCCAGUAGAUCUUUCUGCAUAACAUAUAGCUUUCAUUUUUUCGAAUAAACCAAAGUAGUUUCCCAUUACUGGCAGCGCACAAACAACAGCACAAUCUUAAAACGAAGAUAACGACAUGUUUUCUGCCAUCUGUUGCAUAUUAGAAGGUUAUUUACCUCAAAUGUCAUUUCCGAGCAAGCAUAUUGUCAUGAAACUCGAAGGAAAGCUUCAAAUGUCUAUACUAUCACCUUCGUUGAAGAAACAAACGGGUCGAAGGGGCUCUUGUAACAACAAAAACCGUUAUUCGUUAAAUUCCUAUAAUCACAUAAGGAAACAUUAUGAAACGCGUAUUGUGUGUAACUAGAAGCUGAGUGAAUGCUAAUGUAUAAAAUCUCCCAAUUUAAAAGGAAAGAGCGUCAAGGAGGUGUUUCCUUGUUUAGCGUGUAGUUUAUGAUCUUAAGUGGCUUGCCAAACUUUAGGACUCCGUGAAAUUUAUUUAUCUCCUACUUAUUUGCACUCCUGCACCUCUAGACGUCGUAACCACGCUUGCAGAUCAUUGCGCCGCAUGAAACGCUCGCGAUGCCUAACGAGGACUACAGAAUUCGUGGGCGUCGUCUCCUUACUGCACUUUUUUUCCUGAUACGCUUGUGAAGCUGCUAUACCGUGGAAUACCUGUCAAUGAUAGCUUUUUAAUUUGAUGCCGCUAUUGAGUACAAUCAUGGCCACGAAGAAUUAAACAUUUCGGACGACUGAAUAACAGGAAAGGAGGCUAUCGGGCACGUUGGAAAGAUGUUUCGUGGAUGCUUCAGGGAUGUUGAAGGGAUGUUGCAUGGAUAUUGCAGGGAUGUUGCAGCGCAGUAGCAGUGUUUUAGGGGUAAUGUGGGAAUGUUAUAGGGGUGUUCCAGGGGCGUUCUGAGAUGUUAACUUGUCUGAGAAAAGACAAUGAAAAGAAUUCCUAAAAACUACAAUCACACAAAACGGUAUGACAGCGAGUUUGAUUUAGCAAGGACACGAAUACAACGUUGCGCUGUGUAGUUCUAACAGGACGCACAUGAAAAAACAAAAACAAUCAAGCGCACAAUGAAGAAAACGAAGAAAGACGUCAAAUACGCACGCUUCUUUGCAGUCAGGGCCACUUACUGGUUUUCGUUAGAUUGAUCAAUGUAACUUUUUUUGGUAGCCGUGCUUAACAAAAAGAGUACCUAGGGACAUGUCAGAUGUACAGCAAGUUUAAAGCCUCCAGGAUUUAUGCCAUCUACUCGAAUGUGCCAUUGUGCUUUCUUCGUAUUUGUCCCGUUAAAACUAGGAAGUGCAAACAUAAGAUCCAUGAUCAAGAACAAACUAAUCCGAUACGCAAUUGUUUACAAACAAGGCCUUCGCAUAAGUGCUAUGAGUGUUACAUGAAUUUUUCAUAGGUCUUCAAGGGUGUUGAACGAUUGCUUGUGGCGUCCUUCACGGUGAUGUUUCGUGGUCACUGUAACACCAGACUAGCUACACCUGUGAAACGGCAUCGGAAAGGCCUCGGCAUCGCCUUGCGGCGAGUACACGUUUUUGUGCAUAUGGAGCUUAAGUGUCUCAUAUCUGAAGGUUGCCAAGAAGGCGUCUUGACUACUCAUUGCCAGGCUAGUUAGUUGUUACUCGUUAUGGACGCCGAACUGUGUACUACUUCUCUGCAUUGUUUCCCGCCCUACCUAUUGCUCCAUAAGAAGAUGCCUUUAGCACAAGUCAAACUUUACAAGUUUAUAGAUGUGCGUUCAUGCAGGUGAGGAAGGAAGCCACACGUUUAGGACUGAAUGCUAGAAAAGAAAGAGAGGGGUGUGACUGUUACACGUUUCUAGUUCGUUUUUUGUCCUUGUUUACCAGCUGUUCUUCUUAGUGGAAGCAUUGGUGCCUCUAAGUUCAUAUAAUCACAGGCGCUCGGUUUCUGCGCAAUGGUAGACGAGGAUUUUUAUGACAAGGUUGUCGCGUGAAAAUGUACCUAGUUUUUUUAAAGCAAAUAUAAUGGAGCUGGUUAUAUUUACGCUUGACGAAGGUGACCAACAGAGUAAGCGGCAGCUUAGCUUCCGAGCUUAAGCGUCAGCAAGAAAUCAAGACACGAGGUUGCUGGCCGUAUGACAAUGUGUUCAAGUAAACGUUCCGCAGACAUGCACAAGGCUGGUCAGUAGACCUUGCCUUAGUGUAGUUUUGCUUUGCGUACGCAUUGCAGGCGUACUUGAGAGAAGCGUCAAGCAUGACAGACACGCAUGAAACCUUCUCAGGAAGCAGCAAUGUUGCGUUGACAUACGCAUAGGGUUAAAGAAGUGACUUCUGCGAAUUGCUUCGUGGCGCUUUCCAUAAAGCAGCAGGGUGCAUAUUGCGGUGCUACUUGAUAAUUAUAUCAAGCUUGAGUUGUUAGAAAAAGAGUGACUAGACCAUAGUCGUAGGACAUCGCGUAUAACUCGCUGUUCCUUGACAGAGUUUUGACGUGGCCCACGACCAAAUAUGAGCCUACUGAGGGAAACGCACCGUGAUGGUGACAUUUGUAUUCCCAAAGUAGCUGACGUACGCAUGACUAUAGCAUCAACUGUAUGAAAAAUGCGCCAAUAAACAUCGAAGGCGCGAAACACAAACUGAAGGAAGAAAAGUGUGUGUACAGCUUGCGUGAUAAAAUAUUUCACGUGAAGGAUAUAUCGAGGUCAAUAAGUCGGAGGGUGUGCUGCUCUUUUGCCCAAGUGACUAUAUACCCUACCGAUGUAAAGGCACGACCAAUAGUUGUACGUGGUAUCGCGAGUUAUUAGAUGUAGUGUACCAACUCGCGUAAAUGACACAGUAUUUUUCAUUCGCAAAGGAAUAUUUUGAAGCGCGUGUAAUGUUUUUUGUGCACACGGACAAGGUGACGCCCUUUGAUGCAGUUGUCGCUAUGUGCCCUUGUGUAGAUAUGUGUACGUAUGACUUAUGUGCCCCUCUAUUUAAAAUCUCGCACUAAACCAACAGUGAGAAAGUGUUUGCCAUGUUUCCCUACGUAAGGUAGAUCAAACAAUUAAUCUCCAUUGAAAACUGUGUUAUUGUUUCAUGCUCUUGAGCGAAGUUCUACAGCGACAAAGUAGUGCUGCCCUGUGUACUUCCACAUAUGCUAAGUUUGGCGCUCUUUGACCAUAUCUGCCCCUUGCGCCAUAAUACCCCAUACGUCAUCAUAUGCUAUGUUUUUUUUUCUCGAAGAAACACUGAACAUUUGCUUUUCACGUUGUUACGUCACUUUGAGCACUCUAUGUUUAUCAAAGAUCUCUU